AUGAAGUUUGACGCUUCGGAAGUGCGUCACUUCAAAGCCUUUCAGCCGGGCCUUCAUGUUGGCUCCGUGUUCUUGUGUUUGGCUACUUUGGGCAUGGGCGACCAGCUGUCGGUCGAGGUCGCUCAACAGUCGCAUUGGAACGUGCUGGCCUUUCGUGCGGGGGCAAUGCUCCCCGGAGAAGUGUUAGCCUACCGGCGGCCUUUUCCGCGAACUGCCACUGUGGAGAUGCUAGCGAUAGAUGAUCACGUCGUUUGUCAAAAGCUCUCUGCCAGCGAGGCAGCCCGCGAGCAGCCAAAACGGGACACCUUGAUCUUCGAGCGGUCAGGCCAGGCCUAUCGAGACGUUGGCUUAGUGCAGCACCCCAAGAAGCGCAAGCGCAAUCUGCAGCGUGGCACUCUGCUGGGUGCAGAGGUUGACGGUGAGGCGGGGUGGGUGGCCGCGCCACGACACCGCGUCGGCACUCUGAUGAUGGCCACGGCGGUGGUGGCACGUAAGGGCGUGUGCACACCCGCCCUGCUUUCCUCUCUUCUUGGUUUGUGGGUGCAUGUGCUCAUGUACCGCCGGCCCGCGCUCUCGAUCCUCGGCGCUGCGUUUAGCGACGCGCAGAAGGAGCCGCGCAACCGUGUGAUAGCGCUGCAGCGGGCCACCCUGAACGAGCUCCUGGCGCUUGUGAUGCUUGGUCCGGUGCUGCAGACUGACAUUCGUGUCGGCUACGUGCCGCGCCUCUACAGUAUGGACGCCUCACCGGCGGGCGCAGGCAUAGCUUACGCGCCGGUGCCUGAGGAGGUUAUCAAGGAGCUCUGGCGGCACGGCGAGCACCGCGGCUACUACACGAAGCUGGAAGGUGGUGCUACUGCGCUGUUGCGCGAGCAAGGCUUCGACACUGAGCCUUGGUUCGGCGCUCGUGAGAACUUCCUGCCGGGCCCGAAGGUGGUCGUACCUGCGCCUUUGCGGGAGGGUGUCCUCUACGACGUUGCGGAGUUGUUUGGCAGUGGGAAAAACUGGACAGCUGCGCACGCCAAACUGGGGCUUCGCUGCUGUCCCGACUUACUGUGUCAGGGCCAGCCGGCUUCUUUGCUGAGUCUCCUGCAGCAACCGUUUUGGCGGGAAGUUGUAGGCUUGGUGUUGCGUGGGGUGGUUCGGGAGUGGCACUUUGGGCCCGCUAGCCUGUCCUUUAGUCUGCUGCAGACGCCGCGCCGCCGCUCUAAGCUUCAGCCGCUCGGGUUUGACUUGAGGGACCCCACCACUAAGGACCACAACUCGGCUGCCCAGCGCCUUGCCUUCCUGCUUUCGCUGAUCGUGACUGACGGGAAACUGUUCAGCGCGACUAAGUCCAGUACCGUCCGGCGCACCGAGGAGCUUUGUCGCCCAUCGGUGUCCGGAAUACUCGGUGAUAUCGAUCCUGGAGGUUACACCAUGUCGAAGCUGGCAUCGUUGCUGCCCUGCCCGUUGUGUGAGCGACUGGCAGCUGGAUCGCUCGCUGAGACGGCGGGGCAAGCGCCUUUGAUGCCCCUGUCAGCCAAAGCUCGGGCCCUCAAAGAGGCUUGGGAUUUUCAGCUUUCUGCGCCCUCCGGGGUACACGAGUCCCGCAGUUCCGAGCGCGAGUUCUACGACGACCCCCUCUGGAUCGGGGAGCUUGCAGACAGCCUAAGUUUUCAGGAGCUGCUCAGGUAUCGCUUUGCGCGCUCUGGUCACAUCAACGUGCAAGAAGCGAGAGCUUACAAGACUUGGCUGAAGCACCUUUGUACUUCGGCACCGCGCUCUCGGGUGUUAGGCGACACUGGCAGAUUCGACAUCUGCCUGGCUGCAGCACGCGUGCCCAAGAAUCCAUCUAAAUGGCUACGUUUGCUGCUGUUGCUUGCUGGAGACAUCGAGCCUCAUCCCGGCCCUGCUCUACAGCCUCGUGGACCUCUCGACCUUCAGUCGGGCUUUGCAGCUUCCACGCGGCACAAGAUGCAGAAGAGCCUCGAUGCCUUUGCCAUGUGGCUCCUCAGUGAGUUCAAUCUGCAGUUGGCUCAGGUGCUUACGUGCGCAACCACUGCUUCCACAGCACUGCGGGGGUUCGGACUGCACCUCUACGCUACAGGGCUUCCGCGUUACUUGCUCGUUUACGCCAUCACUGCUGUGCAGGAUCUCCGGCCGCAAAUGCGGGGAUCGCUCACUGGGGCUUGGCAAAUCGACAAGAAGUGGCAGUUGGCGGAGAGGCAGCAUGCUCGCAUGGAGGACGAGGCUACGCUUUCUUACCUAGAGGCCCUUUACAGCAAUUUGCCGCAGCAGGAGCAGCUCUUUCGAGGAUCUAUGCACACCUACAGGCGGCAAUGGGAUGCAGUGAUGAGCAGAUUGGGCGAGGUUGCUGCGAACCUACUCCUCCAGCAGUUGUCGGACAGCGCCAGAUCUCGUAUUGCAGUGCUGCGCUCGGACUUGGCAGAGGGUAUGAUGGAGAUUUCGGGCCUCGAGGAAUUUCAGUCCUAA